GGGCGCAGAGGCAGAGCUGCUGCCCGGCUCGGGGCCCGGCGGCAGGAGGACGCAAUGUUCCCCUUUCCCGGGAAGAACACAAAAUGGGCACCCCUCCUUUGGGUCACUCCGGACAGACUCCGCUGAGCCGCGCUGGACUCUUGGGUCUCCUCUCUAGCAGGUAUCCAGGCACAGGAGGGAUUAUUGUGACAGCGCCCGAGCUGGGGAGGUUUCCCAAAGCGUUCCUCCUUUGUUUGCAAAGUUCUGGAAGUUUUGUUCCCAGGCAUUGUGGAGAGGUUGUUGGCCUUCCAGUGACCCAAGGAAGGUGCAUGGUGUUUUUGGAGAGGUCUCAAAGGGCUGUUGUCCGAGGGGACAGCAUGGGAGCCGGCAAAUAGACUCCUAAAACAAGAAAAUGGGAGGCAAGGGAAUGGAUUCCCAGAGAUGAUCCUUUGGUCUCGACUCAUCGCUUAGUUUCUGUUGCCAUUUGGAAAGAAGGUGAGCCGAAGCGGGAGCCCCCAAAAUGGCCGGCGCCUCCGUCAAAGUGGCCGUGCGGGUGCGCCCUUUCAAUGCCCGCGAGAUCAGCCGGGAGGCCAAGUGCGUCAUUCAGAUGCAGGGAAACACCACCUGCAUCGCCAACCCCAAGCAGGCCAAAGACACCCUCAAGAGCUUCACCUUCGACUAUUCCUACUGGUCUCACACCUCGGAGGAGGACCCCAACUUUGCCUCCCAGAGGCAGGUCUACAAAGACAUUGGUGAAGAGAUGCUGCUCCACGCUUUCGAGGGCUACAACGUCUGCAUCUUCGCCUACGGCCAGACCGGGGCCGGCAAGUCCUACACCAUGAUGGGCAAGCAGGAGGCAGACCAGCAGGGCAUCAUCCCCCAGCUCUGCGAAGACCUUUUUGCCCGAGUGAACGAAAACAAGUCUCCCAACCUCUCCCACUCCGUAGAGGUGAGCUACAUGGAGAUCUACUGCGAGCGUGUGCGUGACCUCCUGAACCCCAAGAGCCGGGGCAACCUGCGCGUGAGGGAACACCCCAUCAUGGGGCCCUACGUGGAAGACCUCUCCAAACUCGCCGUCACUUCCUACGAAGACAUCGCCGACCUCAUGGACUGUGGCAACAAAGCCAGGACCGUCGCUGCCACCAACAUGAAUGAGACCAGCAGUCGCUCCCACGCCGUCUUCACCAUUGUCUUCACGCAGCGGCGCCACGACGAACUGACCGACCUGGACACGGAGAAGGUCAGCAAAAUCAGCCUUGUGGACCUGGCGGGAAGCGAGCGGGCGGAUUCCUCCGGAGCAAAGGGCAUGAGGUUAAAGGAGGGAGCCAACAUCAACAAGUCCCUGACUACUCUGGGCAAAGUGAUCUCUGCCCUGGCCGAGAUGCAAAACAAUAAGAAGAAGAAGUCUGAAUUCAUCCCCUACCGGGACUCGGUGCUCACCUGGCUCCUGAAAGAGAAUUUGGGAGGCAAUUCCCGCACGGCCAUGAUUGCAGCACUCAGUCCAGCCGACAUCAACUACGAGGAGACGCUGAGCACCCUCCGGGCCCAAGUUGGUCUAGUGGAUUCAGUGGGGGUCUUGUUGUGGGUGGGUUUCUCCAUGUUCCUGACCUCCGUCCGUGUGUUUCCAGGUCCCAAGGCGGAUGACCCUGGAGGGGGGCCGGGGCUGCCCACCUCCCCCUUUGCCCCGAGUGUGGAUUCCCCGCUUUCGCUGGAGCCCAUGGCCCUCAACGGGGAGUCGGAGCAAUACCUCCCCGACUCGGAGGAGCAGAUCAUCUGCACGGAGGAAGCCAUGGAGCGCCUGCAGGAGACGGAGAAGAUCAUUGCCGAGCUGAAUGAAACCUGGGAGGAGAAGCUGCGGAAGACAGAGGCCAUCCGGACAGAGCGGGAGGCUCUCCUGGCCGAGAUGGGCGUCGCGCUCCGGGAGGACGGGGGCACCGUGGGGGUCUUUUCCCCCAAAAAGACUCCUCACUUGGUGAACCUGAACGAGGACCCCUUGAUGUCCGAGUGCCUCCUCUACCACAUCAAGGACGGCAUCACCCGGGUCGGCCAGCAAAACGUGGACAUCAAGCUGACCGGUCAGUUCAUUAAGGAGCAGCACUGCCUCUUCCGCAGUGUCACUGGAGAGUCCGGCGAAGUCGUGGUCACUCUGGAGCCGUGCGAAGAGGCUGAGACUUACGUGAACGGGAAGCAAGUGAUGGAGCCCCUGGUCCUGCGAUCAGGCAACCGCAUCGUGAUGGGCAAGAACCACGUCUUCCGCUUCAACCACCCGGAGCAGGCGCGCAUGGAGAGGGAGCGCGAGAGCCUCGCCGAGAGCCAGGCCGAGCCGGUCGACUGGAACUUUGCCCAGAAGGAGCUGCUGGAGAAGCAGGGCAUCGACAUCAAGCUGGAGAUGGAGAAGAGGCUGCAGGACCUGGAGGCCCAAUACCGUCGGGAGAAGGAGGAGGCGGACCUGCUUCUGGAGCAGCAGAGGCUGUACGCCGACUCGGACAGCGGUGACGACUCGGACAAGCGCUCAUGCGAGGAGAGCUGGCGCCUGAUCUCGUCCCUGCGGGAGAAGCUCCCGGCCACCAAGGUGCAGACCAUUGUGCGCCGCUGCGGCCUGCCCAGCUCAGGGAAGCGUCGGGAGCCCCUGCGCGUGUACCAGAUCCCGCAGCGCCGGCGCCUGGCCAAGGACCCCCGCUGGCUGACGCUGGCCGACCUGAAGAUGCAGGCGGUGAAGGAGAUCUGCUACGAGGUGGCCCUCAACGACUUCCGCCACUCGCGGCAGGAGAUCGAGGCCAUGAGCAUCGUCAAGAUGAAGGAGCUCUGCCGCCUCUACGGGAAGCGCGACCCCAACGAGCGCGAGAGCUGGAGGGCCGUGGCCAGGGACGUCUGGGACACCGUCGGCGUCGGGGAGGCAUCGGACAGCAGCGGCAUUGGCGGUAAUAACAACAGCGGAGGAGGAGGAGGGACCCCAGGAGGCAAAGGCAACGCCCCAGGAGCAGACGUGGACGACCUCCGGGCCCACAUCGACAAGCUGACGGACAUCCUGCAGGAGGUGAAGAUCCAGAACAACAUGAAGGACGAGGAGAUCCGGUCCUUGCGGGACCGCGUGGUCAAGAUGGAGAGAGUUAUCCCCAUCUCUGCCCAGGAGGAUGAGGACCUGGAGAACGAAUGGGGCUCGCUGCUCUUUGCGGAGGAGGGCUUUGUCCCAGAGGAAGAGGAGGAGGAGGAGGAGGAGGAGGGUGGCCUGCAGGAUGGACGGCGGCGAGUGGGCGGCCUGGACUCCCUGGGCCCCAAGGAAGCAGCGCCGUCAUCGGAGGCGGAGGGCCGCCGCUCCCCGCCAUCCCCGUCCUGCCUGGAGCGGGUGAGCCGCCUGAUGGAGAAGGACCCUGCCUUCCGCCGUGGACGCCUCCGGUGGCUACGCCAGGAGCAGGCUCGCCUCCAGAACCUCCAGCAGCAGCAGCUGGCCAAGGGCCUGCGCCAGAGGCCCCAGGGCAACAACGGCGGCGGUAGCGGUAUCGUCUCCCACGGCAAGUUCAUCCCCCCGCAAGACUGCAAGCUGCGCUUCCCCUUCAAGAGCAACCCGCAGCACCGCUACUCCUGGGGGCCCAACUCCGCCUUCAUGGUGGGCCCCCCGGGGCAGAAGGAGGCGGCCCCCGAAGAGAGCCCUCCACCCGCUGGCCCUCACCACAAGCGCGGCAGCAACGCACGAGGCCCCCUGCGGCGCAACUCCUUGGAAGGCGGUGGGGGGCAGCACCCGCAUCGGGGCCGCCGGGGCCACAGCCAGGAUCACUUCCAGCCCCGGAAGCACAACUACUACCCCCGGCAGCACCAGCCCUACCCGCAGCACCGGCCCCCAGGGGGGAACAACCACCACCACAACCACCACCACUACAACAGCAGCAGCCACGACGGAGGCAAUGGCGGAACCCCUCCACCCCCUCGCAUGCGGCGCCAGCGGUCGGCCCCCAACCUGCAGCAGGAGCGGGAGAGCGCCGUCUGAGGGAGGCUGCUGCGGAACCCGGGCAGAGGGUCCGCGGCACAGAGAGCAUUCCCCAUCCUGCCCCCCCCCCCCUUUUGACUGUGGCCCCCGUUUCCGGCAGAUGGGCGGACUGCGCAAGGCGGAGGAUGCGCUUUUGUGGUGUGGUUUUGGGGGGUGCUGGCCGGGUCUGCGGGGAGCAGGAGGGGGCUUUUCAUUCUUUUCUUUCUUUUUUUUUUUUUUGGUGGGGAAUCCAAAGAAUUUUGUGGAGGGGGUCUCCCCCUUUGUUUUAAUGGGAGUUGAGUUGGGGAGGGGGCUGUUUAAGGAAGGGAGGGAGGGAGGGAGGAAGGACUGAGAGGGGAGGAAGGAGAGGAACGAUUUUAAGGGGACACCCGACAGAAGAGGAUCCGGAGGGGAAACGCGAAAGGAUGCAGAAAGGGGGAGGACCAUCUGUGGGUUCUGGGCAAGUCAGGAAGGUUUGUGGCAGAAAGGAAGAAAUGGAGGAGGAGGAGGAGGGGUGGAUGGAUGGGGCAGAGCAGAAGAGAUCUCAAUGAUUGCAUGUGGGGAGGGGAGAAAAAAGGCAUGCAGCAGAGACCUGGAGAGACACCCCUCCCUCCCAUUUCUCCUUACACUACAUUUGUUCAGUCUUUGCUAUCGGGGAGGGGGUGCCUUGCUGCUUCGCCCUUUCCUUUGGGGCCUCCCUUUCUCUCCCCAAAUGUCUCUCUCUUACGGUGGGAGCUGUGUUUGCCUGGGUCUCUCACCUGCUGCAAGCCCCCUCCCCUUAUGAAAGAGGGGAAGGAAGGGGGCAAGGGGGUGCAUAAACAAGUGCUGGGUCUCUUAAGAGUUUUGGGCCACACUACAAAACUGCCCCCAUCUGCACUGCGGGACUAGGGUGCCUUUGGGGGGGAUGCGUGCUUUUGGGGAGGGGUCUUUUUGCCGUCUUUUGAGGGGUGUCACGGCGGGGGCCAAUCUGCAGCCACCGUGCUUUGUUCUUGCCACUGAGGGCCCAUCUACACUGACCAUUUGAUGCAGUUUCAAACAGAUACGGAAGAAAGUGGUGUCUCCUUCGUGGUCCCUGUGAAAUUGCACAUAUAGUAUUUCCUGCGUCUUCACAGUCUGGAUUCGGAAUCUUCUAGAUCUCUAACGUACAUUUUGGGGGUUGCCCCCGACCACUCUUCCCAUAGGGUAUAUAGCCAGUGGGAGGGUCUGCUGCCUCAGUUCCUUUAGUCCGCUGCUCUUGCAGCAGCUGCGAGGGAAUCUUGCUCUUAACAGCUAGGACUGCGCUUUCCUUGCCUUUGACUCAGACUGUAUUGGACUGCUGAUCUCUGUAAUCCUGACUCGGACGGUAUAUUGGUUGCUGACCGCUCUAAUC